UGUCCCCUCAGAGACUUUACUUCCUCUGUAUGGAGUCAUAAAGACGCUCUCUCAAUGCAUUCUCUUGACUUUCAAUUUUAAUGAGUUUUUAUCUCAUUAUCAGGAAUCAGCUCAACAAAAUAUCAGUAUGGGACAGCCAACCAACCUUUUCCUCACGCUGCUCUUCCUCCUCCUCUCUCCCUGCUGGGGUCAGAGCUCACACCCAUCCUGCGAUCGCUGUGACCAGCAGCUCUCCUGUAACUGCUCCUACGGUGAAUUCACCAGCGUUCCCACAGUAACAGAGCGUGCCUUGACUCUCGAUCUCUCCUUCAACAACAUCACCAUGGUGGCCGCUGAUGACCUGACAGGCCACGCGCAACUGAGGGUGUUGAAUCUUCACGGUAACAGACUAGCUGUGAUCCAUACGUCUGCGUUUGACCCUCUCUGGAGCCUGGAGGAGCUCGAUCUGUCUGACAAUCAGCUGACUGAUCUCCACCAUGAAUGGUUCAGCAAACUAGGAGCUCUGCAGCAGCUCAACCUGCUCAACAACCCAUACAGCUGCCUGGGUUCUUCUCCAGUGUUUCAGAAGCUGAUCAGGCUGAGGAGGCUGUGGUUUGGAGGUCCCGCUCUGGAGGAGCUAAAGAGAGGAGAUCUGUCUGGAGUCACUCAGCUGGAGGAGCUCACAGUGCGAGCCAACAACCUGAAGAGGUAUGAAGCUGGUGCCUUAGCGGACAUAUGGCCACUGGGUCGUGUCACUUUGAGCCUCCACAGUCCAUUUUUAAAAAACAUAUCCUUAGCCUCGGCUGUGCUCGGUGACUUGACGUACCCUGAGACGCCAAUCAUUCUUGAAGACCUCCAUUUGAUUGGGAACCAGUCUGUUCAGGCUUUCAGAGAGACAGCAAGGAGGAGAAUCAGGCACCUGACACUCCGUAACCUUACUGUAUCGGAUGAGGCCAUUGUUGACCUCCUGAUGGUGUUGGAUGGAGUGCCGCUCACCGUCUUGUCCGUGGACAAUGCCACACUGACUGGCGAGGGCAGGUGGGAGCGGGCAAGCUGGAGUGAUCAUAGAAGCACUGACGAGUUCUUCGUACGAAACCUCGUGGUGCUAGAUAUCUUCAAGUUUACCUCGUUUCUGCAGCUGCAGUUUCUGCUGCGCUACCCCAGGAGGGUGUCUGUUAUACACUCUCAGGCCUUUGUGAUGCCCUGUGCGACAUCCCACCUGCUGGUCAACCUGCAGUAUCUGGACAUGUCCGACAACCUGCUGACUGACAUGACUCUGGUGGAGACACUGUGUGAUGGAAAAGGCACCCUGAAGGAACUCAGAGUUUUAAACAUCAGUGGAAAUGCUCUUCAGUCUUUGUCCACGGUUAGCCGACUGGUAGCGAAGCUCUCCAAACUGACCCACCUAGACAUCAGCAGGAAUGGAUACAGCUCCAUGCCCCAGGGCUGCACCUGGCCCGCCACCCUGCGAUACCUCAACAUCUCCAGGGCUAAACUCACAACCAUCAGCCCCUGUCUACCCACAACUCUGGAGGUGUUGGAUCUGAGCAACAAUGAUCUCAAAGGCUUCCUUUUGGACCUGCCUGCCCUGAGAGAGCUCCACCUCUCUGGAAACAAGUUUCUUAGAAUACCCCCUGGAUCGCUGUUCACCAAUCUGCAAACACUGAAUAUACAGUCAAACACCUUGAAAAUGUUUGACCGUUCAGACCUGCAGUCGUACAGACGACUCCAGAGCCUCCAGAUGGGUCAGAACAAAUUUGUCUGCUCCUGUGACUUUGUCAAUUUCUUCCAGUCGGUUAUAAAAGGAGGUGGAGACAUGCAUUUAACAGAUGGAGAGGAGAACUACGUCUGCGACUCUCCUCUUUACCUGCAAGGGGAACUGGUGGGUCAAGUCAGCCUCCCCAUUUCUGAGUGCCACAUGGUUUUAUUUGUGUCUGUGACGUGUGUCAUGGCGGUGUUUGUUGCCACUCUGGUGGUUUCCCUGUUGUGGCGAGUCCAUGCAUUCUGGUACAUCAAGAUGACAUGGGCAUGGCUGAAAGCCAAGCGUAGCUCCCAGCGACGGCGGCACAGAGAUGCAGGGGAUUCAGAAGCGUUGCUAUCCUUUGACGCCUUUGUGUCCUACAGUGAGAGAGACACUAGCUGGGUGGAAAACUUCUUGGUACCUGAGCUGGAGGAGCCAAGGGAAAAUGAUGGAGGCUCUGGGACUAACAGAAGCCCCCGGCCUCUAUCCCUGUGCCUCCACAAGCGGGAUUUCCUUCCUGGACACUGGAUUGUGGACAACAUCAUGAACGCCAUGGAGCGCAGCCGACGGACCGUCUUCAUCCUCUCAGAGAAUUUUGUCCAGUCUGACUGGUGCCGCUACGAGCUCGACUUCUCCCACUUCUGGCUUUUCGAUGGGAAUGCUGGCAGAGAAGCGGCCAUCUUGAUCCUGUUGGAGCCGCUGUCCAAGGACAACAUCCCCAAACGCUUUUGCAAACUGCGCAAACUCAUGAGCUCCACCACCUACCUGGAGUGGCCUCAGGAAGAGGAGAAGAUUGGGGAGUUCUGGAGAAGUCUCCGCAACGCUUUGAGCGGAGAAGAGGAUGACGACUGAGAGGGAAAGAAAAAGUGAUGAAGAGAGUGAGCAGCGAAAAAAAAUCAAAAAAGAA